GAGUGUUAUUUUAGUUAUCGCAUCGGUUGGAGAUAAAAAUGACUCAUGGACUGAAUUUCUACGACUUCUCCAACGAUCAAAAACCAGUUUUAUUCUCAAGCUCAACCCGUCCUAGCAGUAAUAAACGCCAGAGGUCGCAGCUUAUCCAGUAAUAUUAUUUAAUCCCAUGCAAGCCAGCCUGGGGUCUGCGUCUGCCGAGUGAUCCAGUGAUAAUUCACUCUUUUGUCAAAGAACGUCACGCCACUGGAGAAGCAGAAGCAGCACCGACGCGUUCUUCUCGCCUCUCUCUCUAAUUUCAAAUUUUCCGAGCCCAAGUCUGACAGGGAAAAUUUACUUAUUGGGUCUUAAAAAGUAAAAAUGAGUGUAAUUAAAAGUUAUGACUCGACAGCCGAGCGUUUACCUGACACAGAAUCAAACGACACAGGUGACAAUUCAGCCAAAAGUUCAUCAAGUCAAGUGGUGAAUCAUGGAAUUAGCGCUCUCACAGCUGCUAUUUUUAUUGUGGGAGAAAUGGCAGGGAGCGGGGUCCUCGCGCUGCCCAGAGCAGUGGUUGAUGCAGGGUGGAUAGGUUUAAUAAUAAUAAUUGUUCUUUGCCUGACGGCUUGUUACGGAGGUACAAGGUUGGGCGUAUGCUGGGAAAUAAUUGAAGAAAGGUAUCCAGAAUAUAGGGGAAUCACAAGAAAUCCUUACCCAACUAUUGCAAACAAAGCAGUUGGUAGAUGGGGCAGUGUUCUUGUAUCGGCGAGCAUACAGAUAACACUUUUUGGCGCUGGAAUAGUAUAUCUUCUUCUAGCUUCACAAAUUGUCCAAGAUCUCAUGAAACCACUUGUGCCAAAGCUGACAUUCUGCACAUGGUUUAUAAUAUUUGCCAUUAUCAUCACACCACCUAUGUGGUUAGGCUCGCCAAAAGAUUUCUGGAUAGUUGGAGUGGGGGCAGUAGUUACAACGACACUUUCAUGCGGUUUUAUUUUUAUUCAAAUGAUGUUGGAUGGAAUUCACCAGACUGAUCCUGUUCCUCAUAAGUCGAAAUCCUUCCUUGAAUUUUUUCUAUCUUUUGGUAUCAUACUGUUUUCUUUUGGAGGAGCUUCUACAUUUCCUACCAUCCAAAAUGAUAUGUUGAACCGGACCAGAUUCAAAAGAAGUGUCUUCGGUGCAUUUUGCGUUAUUCUGCUUCUCUAUCUACCAAUCUCUAUUGGUGCUUUCUUCAUUUAUGGUGACAACACAAAUGCAAAUAUAGUUUUAUCACUCAGCAGAGGUCCUUACGUUUUGCUGGCAAAUAUUUUUAUGGCGUGUCACCUUAUACUUGCCUUCCUUAUCGUCGUCAACCCAGUUUGUCAAGAAGUAGAAAAUAUAUUUAAUACACCUCAUGAAUUUGGCUUUAAACGCUGUCUGAUAAGAACAUGCAUGGUGAUCAUGAUGGUUAUCAUUGGUGUAUCGAUACCAUCAUUUGCUAAGUUAUUAUCAUUAGUGGGGGGCUCAACAGUCACCCUGUUGACAUUCGUCCUACCAAAUUAUUUCUACAUGAAACUCUGCGAUCAAGAAUGCGACAGUUGGACCAAAAGGGAUAUUCCAUGUUACAUGAGAGUUUAUAUGUGGGAACUAAUUUUCAUCGGUAUAUUAGGAGGAGCUGCAUCAACUUAUUCCGCAUUCCAAUCGAUAUUCGAUUCUGAUUCAAUGAGCAAGCCUUGUUAUUCUUUUUGAUUUAAAUUUAGUUACACUAAAUUUACAAAAUAAAUAGCACAUUCCAUAUAUAAUGAUUGUGAUAUUAAUUUAUUAUGUUGUAUGAGAUUCAUUUUGUUUAAGCAAUUAAAUACUGUGUUUUUAUAAAUAGAAUGUUUGAAUUGAACAUUCUAGAAUAAAAUUGUUUAAUUAACCAUUAUUUCAAGUGAUAUUAAUUGUAACUAUUUUGUACCAUGAGGGUUGGUUAUUAGAUUAUUGUAAACUAUUUUCUUAUAAACUAUCACUUUAGGCAAGUUACUUUUUAUUAGCUUUCUAUAGAAAACCCAAGAUCUCAAUGUGAAUCGUUAUUUGUACAUAGAAAAUGUUUUACUAGAGAGAAAGUGGAGAGCACGCAAUACAGAUUAAUUUAUAUUUGUACUAUAAUAUUAUUUCAGGUGUCCUUAACUGAAUAUGAUAAGUGCUUUAAUAAUUAUUAGUCAAAUUUUGAGAAUAAAAUUAUAUUAUUGUAAAUAAAAUCAUUAUUUUUUUAAA